AUGUAUCGCGGUACGCUCGCUGGCCGAUACAUGGCCUAUCCCUUACGCGCCUGUUUCACCGCAUCGCCCUCACCCCAAACCUUCCCGGUCAUGUCUAAUAUAGGCAACAUCACCGUCCCCGAGAACCCGGCCGGCUUUGAGCAGCAGCACCUGGUGGGCGCCCUGGUCACCUUUAGCAAUCCCCAGCUGAUUCCGCGAACUGUUCGUGAGUGGCGAGCCGAGCUUGCCCUUCAAGUGGACCCCCAAAACAACCGCAUCAGCCUGGUGCAACCAGCUAGCCGUCCCACCACGGCCCCGGCAGCCCUCCCUUCAAACACAACCGACCCUGAGGCCACAGAGCUUCCCGAUGGCGAGACUAAAGCAUCGCCCAGCCUGGCCAUCGCGACGUGGGAUGCCCACCAUCUCCUCGGCUUUCACUGGGAUCAGGAAUCCCUCAACGCCGUGCUUGCCAUCUGGACCAGCGUCAACAAUUUUGACAUCCACAACCUGCGCUUUGUCUCUGCGAACGACGCCGAUGCCUUUGGCAAUCUGGUUGCCGCCUGCAUACAAAACAAGUCAUCCACCUCUUCGGGCUCACCCACUCGCUCCCCGCGCCGCUGGUCGGCCGUUUUCCACUCCCUUUUUCGCCUGGCUGCAGGCAGCCCCCGCCCUACCACAGACUCGGCCUCGUCCUCCGCUGCUGAGGAGGACGAUCUGGACUACGACGGCGAAUCCUCCAGUAACGAAGCCAUCUACGACGUCCGCACGCUAGCUGCCUUCAACGAGGAGGGACCGGGCAUUUGUCGAGCCCGCGCCCUUUCCCUCUCGCGCAGCUGGAACACAGACAGUUUUUCCGGCACGCUUCCCAGCGGCCCCGGCAUUAACCGUCACAAGGGCUAUGGCAAACGUCAAAACGUACCCAAGCGAGCUGGUAAACCUGCCAACGCCCGGGCCGCUGCUGAAGACCGCCGCAACUCGGCACCUCCCGGCCUCUGGCGCGAUGGCACUCUCAACGCCCUCGACAGCCUUUCUUCGCGUCAAGACUCGGGCUGUUAUGGCUUUCACGAUGAGAACGAUGAUCUCCUCACCAUCGAUGAUGUCGAAGAACCGCUUCCCAUCCUGGAUGCCGAUGGUGAACCCGACUGGCUCUUUCGUGAACUUGAUUGGGAGUCCUCGGAGUUUCUUCUGGACGGCGAAGAGCCGGGCACUUUUCUCAUCCGCGCUCAGGAUGACGCACUCACGCUCUCCCUCAAGCGCGUCGAUGCCCGCAUCGAACACGUGCCCAUUAUGCAGUCCUCUGCCACCGGCCUUUACUACCUCACCGGCCUCAAACGCGUCUCACGCAGCUCCGUGGCCCACCUUGUCUCCUAUCUUGUUGCUGACCAUGUGCGCGUUUGUGGCUCCAUCCUUCAACGCCCGCUGCACGUCAGCGUGCUUUAG